AGUAAGUAUGUACAUUAAUUAAACAAUUCAUGAGACAAAAUUUUAGGUUAGACGGAAUGGAUCUCGGUUGAUAAAGGGCGCAGUUGAUUACAAAUGUCCAAAAAUUUGCGAUCUUUCUUAUUGAAACUGUAAGACGAUUUGGGACCGAAAAAUAUUUAUUUUACUUCAAGUGCCACUUCUUUUUUUCCUUUAAUUUAUAAUUUUGAUAAUCACAAAACAAAUCAACUGUACUCUAAUUAAAUUUAUAGAAGAAAGAAAAGAGGAAACAUCUGUAAUGAUUGCAUUAAAAUUUUUAGUUUAAUAUUUAAGGAUAAAGAAGUAUUAUGCAGAAUUAAAGCUAUUGAGUGCUUUUAUACAGAACUUGAUUGUACUGUUAAUAUUUCUGUACAAUGGAAAAGUUAGUAGGAGUUCCUCAAUUGAAAGAAUUACUUAAAAAUUUCCCAAGAAACAUGAAGUUUUGCUUUGCAUAUGGAUCUGCUGCAUUCAAACAAUUAAACAAUCAGUCUAACAAUAUGGUGGAUCUUAUAUUUGUUGUUCGCAAUGUAAACCAAUGGCAUGUUGAAAAUUUGAAACUUAAUCCUAAACAUUACGCUCAACCAUUAAGAUUUUUUGGACACAAAGCAAUUAGUAAUGUACAAGAAAAAUGGGGUGCUAAAAUAUAUUAUAAUACAUUAGUUCAAAUGCCAGAAGGAUAUAUUAUCAAAUAUGGUGUAAUUUCUGAAAUUUCACUAAUAGAAGAUCUAUUAGAUUGGACCGAUAUAUAUUUAGCAGGAAGGUUACAUAAGCCAGUUAAAAUACUCGUGGAACCAAAUGAAUAUUCUCAAUUACCUACAGCUCUCGUACAAAAUUUACAUUCAGCUGUACAUGCAGCAUUAUUAUUGCUUCCACAGCAUUUUACGGAAGUUGACUUUUAUAAAAAAAUUGCUUGUUUAUCCUACAACGGUGAUUUUCGAAUGACUUUUGGUGAGAAUAAAGAAAAAGUUAAUAACAUUGUUCUACCUCAGCUGACAUACUUCAAGCAAUUAUAUAGUCCAAUUUUACAACAUUUUGAAAAUUAUGUUGAUAUUCCAAAGUCUGAGAAAAUGGCUGUUACCUGUCAUCAAGAUACAAGUCCUACAGCAAAAAUACAUCAUCUGAAUCAGUUACCUAGAAUACCACAAGUUAAACUUGUCCGAGCAUGGUCUCAAGGUCCUAGAUCAAAGGAUACUGAAGAUUGUUUACGAGCAAUUGCCUAUGAUCCUGAUUGUGGUGAAAUAUUAGAGGAAUGCUUGAAAGAAAUUGUAUGGAGAUCCAGUGUUACCCAAAGUUUAAAAGGGAUUAUAACUGCUGGAUUUAUGAAAUCUGUUCAGUACAGUGUAGCAAAAAUAAUGAAGAUGUUACAAACAAAUUCACAUAUAACAUCCCUUUCAAAACUAGAGCCAAAUCAAAGUAAAGUCAAAAGCAUAGUGGAAGGUGUGAAGAACCAAGCACAAUCAAAGGAAACAGACAAGCGCAUGGAGUAAUAAUUACAUUUAUUUUACUCAUACUUUAAUUCUGUCAUAUGUACUAUGUUUCAUACGAAUGUAUUUGAAAUAAAGUUCUCAUCUAGUUAAA